UUUUUCUCUUUUUUCCUACUUGUGUUGUAGGAGAGGCUGGUUUCCUUUCUCCUACACACGUGUGUUGGACAGUGAUGGGAGCGAUAGAUUACAUAUGAGCCAGGGGAAAAGCAGUAGUACAGGCAACCUGUUGGACAAAGAUGAUAUCCCCCCUCCUGACUACAGCACGUCCUCCCGAACUUUCCAGGCACCGAAUGUCAGCACUUUCAAACAGAGGCCGUACAGCGUGGCGGUGCCACCAUUCCCCCAGGAGUACCUUAUGCCCUACGGUUGUGCAAUUAAUGAAUAUUCCCGUGGCCUCUUCCCAGUGUCACCUGCCUCCUACCAGCCUUAUUCUAGGUCAACAGCCGGACUGGAUGACUAUGGGGCAAGACCCUCAAGCAGCGGCAGUGGCACGUUGGUAUCUACAGUGUGAGAGAAGGAAUCUUGACUAGAAAUGGCAGCUGCUGCUUGGAAGACUUCUCUGUUUUGCUUCUCUGUCCCCCUUCAUUUCUUUCUUUCUACUGAGAUGCACAUUUUUUUCCCCUCCUGCCUGUCCUCUUUUCAAAGCAACUGUGCCAGCUCCUCCUCUCAUCCCUGGGACCCCCGAGGACCACUCUGAGGAACUCUCGGAGCUGCUCUUUCCCCGUCCCCUGGUAUUUGCAACCACCGAUUUUGAAGCAGGAAAACAUCCCGAUAAGGAAUGUUACUUUUCACAGCCAUUACUGGAUGCAAUUGAGAUAAACUAAACUAGAUAAAGAUGCUGCAUCUCUAUCUCUCUCUCCCCUUCCACCCUCCCUCUUUCUUUUAUAAAUUAAUUUUCUUACUGCAUUCUCUCUUUUCAGAGACGUUAAUGCAAGCUGCACAUUUAUAACAAAAUAAGUGCAAGAUUCCCGCCCUCUUUUUUUUUUUAACAAAAACAACAAUCUGGAAACAAAAUAUGCAUGGCAUAUGGUGUACGUACUGUUACUUCAACUAUCCUUUUUUUGCAACUUUUAUCACAAAAUCAGUUCUCUGUGUCAAAAGAAAAGGGGCGUUGGGAUGCUCGGGUACUACUGUGUUGGUUUUGGCAAGAAUUGGACUGUUAAACUGAGCACCAACCCAGUCUCCAUUUUGUAAAGUAUUUUGUUUUAUAUAUAUGACAGACACAAGCAUAUUAUAUUAUUAUUCUAUUCUAUUAUGAUAUAUAUUUUGUAGGAAGGUAUUUGUUACCUCACAGUUAUUCUGAAAAGGGCAGUGAAGUAAGGAGGGAGGGGAAGGGCCUCUUCUGUUGUAUUAUGCAGAUUGCCAGAUCAAUCCAAAGACUUUCUCUUUAUAAAACUGGAGGAGUUUUUUUUGUGUCUUCUUGGUAGAGAGGGAGGGCCAAACUGCCUGUGUUUUGAAGUUCGGGUUCUGAACAUGGA